CGCCUGCCGGCCGUGCCGAGCGGCCGCCGCCAUGAUGCCGGCCCUGGCCGCGCAGCGGCGGGGCUGCCGCGGCCUCUACCGCCUGUACCUGCGGUGCCAGGCGGCGCCGCGGCCCCGCGCCUGCCACGGAUGGAAAGUGUCAAUGAAAAGUGGAAGCCUGUCUUAUAUUCUACCAUCUAAUCGCCUGCCUGUGCAGUUGAUGAGUCAAGUGAGAGUUUAUACCUCCAAUGGUCAGAAGAAAGAUCUUGGAUCAGAAGAUACAAAUGGAUCAGCCCGUGGAGAAACCCUGCAUAAAGUUGAAACAGGACAAGAUACAAAUAAUGCAGGCCAAAAGCAGUCUUCACCUAAACAGCCAAUCCAAGUAAAAGUGAAACCAGUCCUUAAAAAAAGAGAGUAUGGACCAAAAUACACACAGAAUAACUUCAUCACUGGAGUCAGAGCAAUAAAUGAGUUUUGUCUUAAAUCCAGUGAUUUAGACCAGCUGAGAAAAAUUAAACGACGAAGUCCCCAUGAUGACACUGAGACUUUCACGGUGUACCUGAGAUCGGAUGUAGAGGCAAAGUCUCUUGAAGUCUGGGGUAGUCCAGAGGCUCUUGCCAGAGAAAGAAAGCGACGUAAAGAGGCAGAGAUCAAGUACAGAGAAAAUCUGUUUAGAAACCAAAGGCUGUUGUGGGAAUACAAGGAGUUCUUUGGAAAUACUAAGCCACGCUCCAGUACAGCAGCUAUGUUUUUCAAGGGACCAGGGAAGGUGGUAAUGGUAGCUAUUUGCAUAAAUGGGUUGAACUUUUUUUUUAAGCUACUUGCUUGGGUUUACACGGGUUCUGCAAGUAUGUUUUCAGAAGCCAUACAUUCUUUAGCAGACACAUGUAACCAGGCGUUGCUAGCUUUGGGCAUCAGUCAGUCUGCAAGGACGCCUGACCCUAGUCAUCCGUAUGGUUUCACAAAUAUGCGCUAUAUUGCCUCCCUGAUUAGUGGAGUAGGCAUUUUCAUGAUGGGCGCAGGACUUUCUUGGUAUCAUGGGAUCAUGGGUUUACUCCACCCUCAUCCUGUAGAAUCUCUACUCUGGGCAUACUGCAUUUUAGCAGGAUCAUUGGUAUCAGAAGGAGCCACCCUACUUGUUGCUAUAAAUGAAAUUCGGAGGAGUGCUCGAGCCAAGGGUCUUUCAUUUUAUCAAUAUGUUGUGCAGAGUCGUGAUCCUAGUACCAAUGUGGUGUUACUGGAGGAUGCUGCAGCAGUCUUGAGUGUGGCUGUAGCUGCUACCUGUAUGGGGCUGACUUCUUUGACAGGAAACCCAUAUUAUGACAGUGUGGGCUCUCUAGGUGUUGGAACUUUAUUAGGAACUGUGUCAGCAUUUCUAAUCUACACUAACACUGAAGCCCUGCUGGGACGAUCCAUUGAACCUGAACAGCUGCAGCGGCUUACUGAGUUACUGGAAAGUGAUCCCGUAGUAAGAGCAAUUCAUGAUGUUAAAGCCACAGACAUGGGAAUGAGCAAAGUGAGAUUCAAGGCAGAAGUAGACUUUGAUGGACGUGUUGUUACUCGGUCUUACCUGGAAAAACAAGAUAUUGAACAGCUGCUACAAGAAAUUCAGCAAGUGAAAACCCUUGAAGAAUUAGAAGCCUUUAUGCUAAAGCAUGGUGAGAAUAUCGUUGAUACACUAGGAGCUGAAGUAGACAGACUUGAGAAGGACCUGAAGCAACGAAAUCCUGAUGUUCGUCAUGUGGAUUUGGAGAUACUGUAGACCUGAACAGGAGAAAUCUUCAGGUUGCUACCCUUGUGGAAAGAAGUCAUGUAAAGGGCUGAAAAGCUUCUGAGAUUGCAGUGACCUCAGCACCAUACCUCGCUUCCUUUGCUGUAGGCUUCCUGGACUGUUAGCACUGCUUCUGUUUCUGGAAGAGCGCUAGACUUGCAGACAAAAAUUCCCAUGGAAAAAUCAGUUUCAAAAAGCUACUUGAGUUAAAUUCCACAGGAGAGUCUGCCCAAGUGUAUUCACUGCGAUCCAGAACUUACAACUUGAGGUUUGGUUAGGCAAAUACAGCUGCCUGAAACUAUACAACACAUGUAGUUUUUCCAUUUGUGUCCCUUUGCAGUCUGUUUGCACUUCUUUAGUUUCUUUCAAGAUAUCAUUAAAGGUUCUUGGGAGAUAUUAAGAUUAGAUAGGAAGAGUUUGUUCCAGUGGAACCUGCCAACCUUAAAUUGUAAUAUUUCAACUGUGUGAUUGUUUCACAGUUUUUCUUUUCUAUGAGAUAAAUUGUUUCAUAUGGGCGCUGGCCUUAUCUCAAGUCCCAUGACCUGGAAACCUGCUUUUUGCCACCAUUACAACUGCACUUCAGGAAAACAAGGCUUUUCACCUUAGAGGAGCCACCUGUAUGGUUCAGCCAGAGUACACUGAGUUACUGUGAAAAAUUACUGUGUACAAAUUUCAGUGCACUUCCUCUCUUUAAAUUUUGGUUUUCUUCCCUACUUUAACACUUGUUUUCUUAUUUGUAAGUAUCUUCAGAUGUGAUCUGGGAGAUAUUUAUGGUAGUGCUUAUUAAAAGUUACCUGGCAUUUUUGGCUUUUUAUAUUUUAAUACACUCUAUUGCCAGAUAUGGUCCUUGCUAGAAGAUAUGAGAGGUAUAGCUGGAAUAUAUAAUAGUAAAAAAUGUCUAUUUAUCAUUAAACAAAUGAAUACAUUGCAUUUUUAAUUUAUUUGACUUCAGAUAGUACCUGAAUUCAAAACCACUUACUCUGAAUUUUUGUAUAACUUGACCUUGCUUGUUUGGGAAAGUAGAGUAAUUCUAUGAGUGGUCCUCAACAAUCCAGAGAUAAGUGAUUAGUUUGUAACUUGGAAAUGUGAAAUUCUAGAGCUGUGUACAAUUGUCUCAAGGCUUUCUGCAGUAGAUACUCAAAUUGUACCAGAUUCCUUGAGACCCAGUCUUUAUUAAUAAGGCCAUGAGUACUGAACAUGCAAGUUGAAAUAUAAGUGAAAUAACCAUAUUUAAGUAGCACUGAGGAAAAGUCUUUAUGCACUUUAAUGUAAAAUAAGAUUUGCUUGUGGGUGACAGGUGGUAAUAAGACCAUCCUAGUAACUCAGUUGCUGAGUAAUAGCUGAAUUGCUGAAAGAAGAAAUGUUGACAUGAAACACAAGUCUUCAAAAAUCAAUUUAAGAUUCUAUUAUAACCAUUGCAGCAAAUAAUUGUGGAGACCAAUAUGUACAGAUUUGACUAAACGCAUUUUAGAUAUUUUUUUCAUACUAGGUGUCACUUUACCAGUGAACAAUGAGAAUUUAAAAUAACAUGCCUUUUUGACAACUGCAAAGCACUUUGCAUGCUGGUCAUUUUAAGUAAAGAAACAUUCCAGAGUUAAGUUACAGAUGGGGCUUCACAUACAGUAAUUGUGGGUGAAAGGAUCUUCUUGGUACCCUUUUCCAUAAUCCCUAUUCACUGGUGGCCGCUUUAUAGCAUAUUACCUUAUUAUGGCUAAUUCAAAAGAAGGCUUACUUUAUCUGGUUUUCUCCUAUUGCAAAACUAGUUAGUAUAUUUAAGCCUGAUGAUUUAAAAUGCAGUUUAAAGGUAAUUUGGAAGUCUCCCAUAUUAAAUAAAUAAGGCAUAUUUUUAGCACAUGAUAAAUAAUUUAUCUUUCUCCGCGCCCUUCUAUGUAAAAUUCAUCUCAUCUCAGUAUGCACUCUCCUGGUAUUAGUCUUAUUCAUGAAGAGCACUGGAACCUGGUAACGCGUAACAUGUUUUCUUCUCCCUGGAAUAUCUAUAUGGAUUUUGAAUUUGAAUAAACACAUUAAUAAACCAGUUAUUUCAGAAAUCAAAAACCUGAAGAGAAGUGAAACUGGGAAAAUGUUCUUCCUGCAGAGGUUAGUGAAGACAGGCAAUGUGAUCCAAGUGGUUUGCAUGCUGGAAUUACUGAUGAAUGAAUAGUGUCAGUGUGCACUUUGCAGGGUAGAACUUUCCCUGCAAGGUUAGUAAAUAUUAUCUCAAUAGCAAAGUGUUCCUGUAUAAUUUUCAAGAGGCGGUACGAGCUUAUAUUGUUACAAGGCAUCUGCUCCAAAAGCCUAUAAAAAUGUUUUUUCAUUCAUUGCAGAUGUAAUUCAUCUGAAUUCUGAUCUUAGUUUCCUUAUUUGAGUCAGAAGAAUGCCCAUUCACACCUUCUGUUUAUAUACCAAGAUAGAAUUGAGUUCCUUGUCUCCCAGUUACUUUACUGAUUAUAGCAUCACAGUAUGUUAAAUUCAACAUGCCAGGACUUGAGUGGUUUUAGGUACAUUACUGUUGACCAGUCUGAGGACCCAGUUCCAUUUUUUAAAGUGACCUGGAUGGUGAUGUACUACAAAAAGGCAGGCAGACUGGUUUUGGCAGUACCUUGUGAGUUUCCAUGUCAUGCAGUUGGAUGGAAGUACUGAUUCAUUGAGCCUGCCAGGUUGGAAAAGAAGAGUAAUUCCAAACUGUUACAUUUUAGUUUAUAUGUUAUAAUUUGCAAAUUGUUUUUAACAGAUAUGACGUUUUUACUGCUUUUUUUUCUUUAACUGUCUUUAUAGUCAAAAUUUUGAGGUAAUGUGGGUCCACAACUUAGUUUACUUUUGUUUUAAUGUUACUGAGGAAAAUAAUAGCUAAUAAAUUUACAUUUACAUGAUAGAGUCCCCAGAUUAAAGAACUGUACAUGUGUGGAGGAGUGAAUUUUUCUUUAUCACAAAUGCAAUUUCAAAAUGGGUUUUUUUACAUACUUUAAGGAAAAUAAGUGAGGAUUUACCUAACAAUAAAGUUAUAUUCUAGGAUUUUUUUCGAUUAAGGUGUGGUGUUUUAAAAUAAUUUAUUUCUGUAGACUGGCCUUGCAGGUUCUAUUUUUUCAAAUUUUGUUCAAAGUGUGGGUGCCCUCUCUGCUUUGUGGAAGAUUUCGUACAUGAUGUGCAGUGACUCAUAAUUCUGUAAAACUUAAAAUGUUUGAAAAUCUUGUCUUAGUGUUCCAAUAUACUGAAUGAUCUUAAUAUAUUUGAAGUCCAAAUUUGCUAGAUACUAAUAAUAUGUUUUUCUAUAGAAUAUUUUUUUUCCAUAAAAGAUAAAAUUUUGAAGUGAUUGUCUUUCCCCCAGCAAUGAACUUCAAGUCUAAAUUGUUUCCAUUAUACACUGGAAUUCAGCAUUUGAUGUGGUGUCCCUUUCCCCCUCCACUUUUACAGCAUUUUUUAAGGAUACAGUUGUAGUAGUAAACACCCUGGUGGAUUACUGUAUUACAGGGACUCUUUGGUGGUUUGUGUUCUGGUCCAGAAGUAGUGGGGGAAACACAUUUUUUAAGGACAAGUUUGCAUCCUUUAUUCCCUGUGACUCAUCCUUGAACUGAAGGCUUUCUAGAUGCCUUCCUUGAAUUUCCACAUAGAUUUUAUUGCUUUUUUAAAAUGACUCUUACUUUUAGAGAAAGAAGCUAUUAUGAACAUCUUACAUUUUUAAAAGCAGGGCUGAAUUCUACUCUUGGUCUGUGAAUUUUGUACUGUACUUCUUGUUCAUUAAUAGUUGAGAAUAAUGAUUACUGUUUUGAAAGCUACAAACCAUGUUAGCCAAAACCAAGUUUUCUGAUUCUGUCAGGUUCUUUUUCAGCUGUAUCUGGAGACUCAGUUUUUGAGAGAUUUCUAGUGCCCCCUCUUUGAUAAAAGGAGAGUGCAGGAAUGUUUUUAGGUAUGUUUUGUCUAGGUUAUACAUUGAUUGCAGUCCUGUGUCCUCUUUAUUUGUAAUAAAUUUAGCUGUUUUUUAUUUUUUCUGUAACAAAGGAAAAAUAUACUUUAUAGAAGUAUCUCUAAUAGUGAUGAGUACAUCAAAUACAGUCUUCAUGCAAAGACUUUUUAUGCCCUUGUCUAUUCAAAGUGUGGCAAUCUUUGAAAAUUGUCCAUGAAGUAAUCCUUUUUAUAAACUUGACUUAGAUGUUUUCCUUACAGAGAAAACCAGAGCACCAUAUUGUUUAAGAUUUGGAAAAAAAAAAAAGUGUUUCCUUUUAUGGUCAUAUGUUCUUGAGGCAUUUUGGCAUGGUAGAAUAAUUGAUGAAUAUUGACUCCUGUACAAAACCUGCCCUUCUGUGCAUACCUAAAGGCUUACAGAAGUGAAUAUAAAAUGACAGUGUGCUUUUUUCCUUCUAGCUUAAGUGUUGUGCUGCUUCUAUUCUUAUUGUUGGCUCUGAAUAGAGAGUACCACUAACAUCUCUCUUGCAUAUCAUACCUGCAUAAUGUAAAUGAGAAGUUGAGAUGUACCAAAAAGAUUUUUUUUAAUAGGGGGUUUGCAUAGCUUAAGUAAUUUUUCCUUUCUUGUUAGUGAGACACAAAUCAUUAAGAUCAAAAGUAGACUGUAUUGCAUAAAAAAUGAAAUAGGAAUCCAGGCUCUAAAGCACAAUAGUUCAUUUUUUGAAAAGUAUGUCCUUUGAGGAAAAUAAAAUGGAAGCUGUAAGUGGAUGUAUGGUCUAUAGAAACUGCAAUCAGUCAGGCUUUGCUGAAGCAAAAGAAAUUAAACUAAAAGUAUAUGAUUAAACGAAAAGAAUCCAAGGAAGGAAAAGACCCAAGACAUUGAGCACCUGGAAAUAGGAAAGGAUGAAAAUCAUCUAAAAAACUUGUCCAGAAAUAAGAAAUAAUGAUUGGAGAAGUAAAGAACAGUAAGAAAUUAUAUUUGAUUAGAAUGUACAAAAUUAGGUAGGAUGAUGUUUUCUUUCUUUUACCAAUAUUCUGAUAGUUGGGUAAUUCUUCCAGCAAAAGCUUUUUUUUUUUCCUAUACUGAAAAUCAGAGCCUCUGUCUAAUUAUGUCCUGAUAUGGUGUUCAGCCUUGCAGGUACAAACCUAUUUGUCCACUGAAAACUGCUAAGGGUAAUGUUGUAAUCUCAGUUUUUGUUGGUGAGGUGUGCUUGGUAAGUAGAGGGUGAGUAAUGUUAUUUGUGGAAGUGGGAGCUGGAGUGAAUUAAAGAGAAAAUUAAUUGAUUCUUUUAGAAAGAAGAUGACUGAAGCACCAUACUGAAUGUGAUGUGGGAAAAGAAGUGCUCUGUUGUAAAGUCUACAGAAUUCUUGCAGUGGACUGUAGUGAUUGAUGAAUACAUUAGUCUUUAUUUUUCAAUUUACUGAGAUGUCUGUGGAUAAGCAAGAUUUCUAAUUAAAUCACAUCCUGAAAAGGAGAUAAAACAUUCAAAAUGUAAUGUGAAAAGGAUGUAUGUUUUUAAAAUACCACAGACACUAUAGCACAGUAUAAUAGAUAAGCAGAAAAUAUUCUGUAUUAUGUAGGGCACUUGUGGACAUUUUUUUCCUGUGUAAAUCAAAGCUACCAAUUAAAAUAAAAGGUUGUGGUUGCUUUUUGUAAGUGUUACACUAACAGCAAGCCCAGUCAAAUUUUUGUAUAGCUAGCAUUCAUAGUUCUGUUCUGAGGUGCCUGUUAAAAUAGUGGAAUACAGGUCCAUAAUCUAGCAUAAAUUUGGUUUUUGUAAUCUAAAUUACAAAACUAGACUGUUUAAAACUUCUGAGGUUAUGAUCAGCUGCUUCAAAUAUGAAGUCAGAAAACAAAAAGAAACAAUGCUGUAUAAAUGAUGUAAUAUAAAGGGGAUUUUGUAAGUUUCUCUUCAAAUUAAAUAUGCUGAAGGAUUGUGUGAAAAGUGUUCGAAAAAUGCCUAAAGUGUUUGGAAAGCAUUUUGGCUAUUGCCAAGAUGGCAUUAAAUUUGAAAGUCAACAGUGAGGAUUUUUCACUCAUGGUAGAAAUUUCAAAGGGCAAUGUCAAAGUCAAAAUCCAUUUUUCCAUGCAAUCUUUUAAUCAGAUUCACCAGUCCCCUCCCCAUCCCACGCCUUGCAUUUUGGUGUAUUGGCUUUUUCAUUCUGUCUUGGUUACUCCAUAUUAGUAUGGGGCAGUCAUUUUGAUUUGUGAGGUGUAGACCUUGGAAUACUUACCUGCAUAUGUUCUUUGUUCUGUAAUUAUACUUGAAUUCAGUACAUUCUGUAUUGUGGCUGGAAGUUGUAAUUACUCAGUAAAAUGUUACAUAGCCAGUAAGGGUCGUGUUCUGUUAAUUUAAGCAAUUUUAUAUGUAUUGGAAAAGUAAGCAAUAACACUGGCUUUAGGCAGCUGAUGAUUCACUAUGUUUCUGAAUUCCAAUUGCAUAUAACUAUAUUAUGGAUGCCAAACAAAGGUUCUGUCCAUCUCUUUGUGCUAGUUAUUCAAUCUGCCUUUGCGACACUGGCACACACUGUUCAAUAGCAUGUGCUGGGUGAAGGAGCAGCAUGCCCAGGCUGGCCAAGCUCUGUAUUUGUUCUCUGAACCUAACUGGCAACUCUGCCUUUCAUCCUAUUCACUCCUUGCCCUCAAAAAAGGUGGUUCCUUCCCCAGUACUGGGAAAGCUCGCUCUGCCUGGCUCAGAGGCCCCACUGGCACUGUCUCCAGUUUGGACUACCUGUCCUGAUCCAGAUGGAAGGAUGACAUGAAGAAAGGUAGUACUACAGAUGGGCUGCAUGUCUGUGUGUAGUCAAGGGUACAAAGAAUUCCUUGAAGAGGUUGGAUUUAUGUGUUAGGCUUGCAUAGUAACCGUAGUUUCACAAUCCCAGCAAAGCUGUCCAAGCCUCUUAAGAAAAGGCUUGAAAUUAGUCAGCUUAGAAAAGAUUUAAUGUACUGUCCGGUACACUCAAGUGCUGCUUCUUAUCACUAAUACCAAUAAAACUGCUUAUUUGUCCAGUUAUGGGAAGAACUGCUUCUAAUUGGGCUAAAAAAAAUUAUGUGAUUGGAAAGAAGAGUCAACAAUGUCAGAAAUUUGGCUGAUGAAGUGGAGAAACUUGAAAAACUGUUUUAUGUCUGUGUGGUAUCACACACUAGAAAUAAAAGGGUCAAGCAACAUAUUGCAGGAGGCUAUGCACUGUAUGUCUUUAUUGCUAACAAUGUUUCAUGUCACAGUUAAGAGACUCCCUUUCUCAAGGGAAAUUUGUUGGAUUCCUAUGGUUUUGUUGUGCUUUUUUUUUUUUUUUUUUCCUCUCUAAUGAACCAAA